AUGGGCGGUGUCUUUUCCACAAAUUACGGUUUAAAAAACAAAUACGUAAAGGAAAGAUUAAAAAAAUUCGAUCCAAAUGAGAUCGAAAUGCUUUAUAAAAUUUAUAAAGAACUUUCAAGCAGAUCAUCAUCAAAUGGUAUAGAUAAGGAAACGUUUUUACAAUAUUUUAAUUUUCCCGGCCUCUGGGGAGAACAAUUGUUCAGAAAGUUCGAUUGUAAUUACUCGGGAGCCGUUGAACUGGAAGAAUUCUUACUUGGAAUAUCAGUUUCUUGCAGAGGAACUAGAUCUGAGAAGAUAUUUGUGUUAUUUAAGUUAUUUGACUUGAAUAAUGACAAUUUAAUACACAAGUUCGAACUAAUCACAAUGUUAUCGAACUUCCCACAAAUAUCAAAAUAUUUGUACACUUCAAUUGACAAAUCUGACUCCAUAUUUAACACGAGGAAUCGAAAUUUAAAGAUCCUUGACCGAAACGUUAAGUUAAAUUCACAUAUUUUCAAGUCAUUAUCAACUAAUGAUCAUGGAGAUACCUAUGGUACUCCAACCAAUAAAUUAUAUAACAUCAAUGGAAAUAAAUUUUCAAAAGAACAUUUUUCAAAAGAAAAUCUAUCCAAUGAAAAUAAUUUAAAGGAAAAUCUAUUUAAUGGAAAAUUUCCAAAAGAAACGAUGUCGAGUGAUAAUAUAUCUAAUGAAAUUUUUAAUGAAGGAGUAUUUAAAAAAUCUUCAUCUAAAGGUCCAGAAUCAUCAAGUAACUCAUCAAAUAAUGUUCGAAAAGUUAAGCGUAACAACAAAAGUGAAUACAAUUCGAGAUCUCUGACCGACUUUUCAUUCGAUUCCAAAUCACUGACAUCGUACAUAAAUAACUAUUACAAGGACUUCAACGAUUAUGAGAAUUUCAGCUACAUCACGCCGAACUAUAGGAAUAUUAACCGAAAACUAACAAAGAGGACAUACUCGUUAACGAAAUUGGAUAAACUGAAUAACUUCACAGAGUACCAGCCAAAUAACUAUGAUUUAUACCUGGAAAACUGUGAUUCUUCAUCAUUUGAGGUGUCGGAAGCGGAAGAUUUAGUCAAAUACGAGAAAAAUCCCAUAUUGGAUACAUGGGAUGAUGAGGAAUUCCCAGACCUUAAUAAUUACUCAACAAAUGUCGAAGACACGAUGAUGUUAGUAAAGUCAAUAAUUAAUGAGUAUGAGGAGAAUGAGGAUUUAGAAAGGUCGACUAUGGACUUGGAGAUGUUAGUAGACCACAUCUUUGAAGAAUGCGAAUUUAAUGAAACAGGGUCACUGAAUUUUCAAAAGUUUAAAGCAUGGCUUGAAAAGAAUGACUCGAUACUGACAAUUUUCUCAGAAUGUUUGCACGAAGAGGUUUGGGGACUUGAUGGGAACGCAUUUCAUCCUGAAAAAAGCUUUUCAGCAGAAGCGUUUGAUAAGAUUAAUACUAUGAGUCCAAACGAUGACACAGAUGUGGACGGAAUGCCAUCGAAAGAUUUAGACUUCGAUGAAAACACAAUCAGGACAAUAUACCAAAUUUUCCUAGUCAAAGGGAAACACCCGUUUGCAUAUACACUUGAAAAUAACCCAAACUCGUUAGUAAGUGAAGAACUGGUAGAACACAUGAAGACCAUGAAUAUGGUACCACGAUUGGAGAUUAAAAAUACGUCAAAUGACUCAGUGGGAAAUACCGACAAGUACUUUUAUGAAAUAUUUGCAUGUCCUAACUGUAAAACGCCGUUCCUGAUGUGUCCAGUUUGUUACAAGAAACACCAUGCUCUUUCAUUACAUAUUGAGUCAAACAAUGUUUACAUAACGUGUUCAGAAUGUUGUUCAUCAAAUGAAAAGGGUAUUGGAGUGUUUAACUCAUGUUGGAUCUGCUGUUGGUCGUUUAACCAGAUUUUCAACUCUCAGUCAUGCCAAAAAACCUCGAAUAGCAUUGACACUAUAUCCUCAAACAACUCAGUAGGAAGGAGUUUAAACCAAGACAGUAGUGACUUGAAAAUAAGUUCAAGUUCAUGUUUUGAAAAAAAGAGUUCAAGCUCCUGUUUUCAGAAAAAGAGCUCGAGUUCAUCCUUUGAGAAGAAAAGCUCAAGUUCCUGUUUCUUGAAGAGUAGUUCGAAGUCAGAUGUUGAUAGUGAUAACAUCAACUUUAAUAUCUCUACGAAAGCAGGUGUGAUGUUUAAAAUAGGCAAGACACUGCAUCAGUGGAAGUCAAGAUAUUAUGUACUGAUCGGUAAUAUUUUAUACUACUACAAGGAUAAGUCAAGUACCAGACCAAGAGGCUGUAUAUUCCUGGAAGGAUGUUAUCUAUAUUCAAUAAGGAAAAAAAGACUUGGGAAUAAAUAUGGAUUCUCAAUAUGUCACAAGGGAACAAAAAUAUCAAAAAGAGACUUUUACGUUGAUACAAUGAAAGAGUUUUUAGACUGGGUUGAGGUUCUGACGCAUGCAAUGAAUCAACAGACGUUGACGAACAAAUAUGAGAUAUUUGAGGCGCUAGGUCAAGGGAAGUUCAGUGUAGUGUACAGGGGAGUUUCAAGGAAGACUGGAGUGGAAUACGCGGUCAAAAUCAUAGACAAGAACAAAAUCACACACCAGGAACGAGAAUUGUUAAGGAGUGAAAUAUCAAUUCUAAAGCUCUUGAAGCACAAUAAUGUGAUUUUCCUGAAGGAGAUCAUAGACAUGAAGGACACGCUGUAUAUAAUUAUGGAGCUGGUGAGAGGAGGAGAAUUGUAUGAUUUAAUACAUUCAGAGCACAGAUUAUCAGAAUCCCAUACACACAGAAUUAUCUCACAGCUUCUGCAAACUGUUGCAUAUCUUCAUAACUGUGGAAUUGUUCACAGAGACCUCAAGCCAGAGAACUUAUUACUCACAGAUAAAACUGAACUUGCCUCAAUUAAGUUAACUGAUUUCGGUUUAUCAACGCUUUGUGGACCAAAUGAUAUACUAAUCCAACCGUGUGGAACACUAGCAUACGUGGCGCCCGAGGUCCUCACCAUGCAGGGAUAUAACCAGAAGUCAGACGUAUGGUCAAUUGGUGUAAUUAUGUAUUUACUGAUAAGAGGAAGGCUUCCAUUCCCAAUCAAGAGGUCAACCAGUGUUAAUGUGACUGAUCACUACAAACUAACAUUCGACGGCCCGAUAUGGAAAGCCACCUCAUCUUCAGCAAGAGAUCUUAUAAAGAAACUGCUUGAAAUCGAUCCAAUUAGAAGAAUUUCAGUUUUUGAAGCUUUGGAUCACAUUUGGGUGAAGAAUUUUGUAGCUGUAGAUCACGAUUCGCCCAGAAUUAGCAACUUAAGUAACCAAGUAUUCAACGAUGAAUUUUACCAGAGUUUAACCAACGAUAAUGACAACACCUUUGUUCUUCCUUAUUCGGAAAGUUGCAACAACAACUUGAACAAACUUAAUGUUUUAGAAAAUGUGAUGAAUUCAAACGAAUCACAAAAGAAGAAACCACCAAAUAAUUCCAUCAAUUCAACCACUUCAUCAAGGAAUUCCAUCAACUCACAAAACAAUUAUACAAAGAGGAAUCCGCCUAAUAAUUUAAUUAAUUCACGUAAAACUGUGAAUAUACAAAAGAUUUAA